UUGCCUAUUGCGGCAAUUUCGAACUAGUGAUUCUUUGCUGGCAGUGUGGAAGUAACCGUAAAGAUUUGUAUCUACCGAUAGACAGUUAGCAAACAUUAGCUACACAAGUAGCUGCAUUCCAACCGCACAUCGGUAAAAAAAUCUAAUAGCUAUUUUCAGAAAUUCUACCACGAUGAAUGAGGAUGAUGCCGUUCGAAAACUUUCUCGACUGGAAAUGCGCAAGCAGAAGUUAAUGGAGUAUCUUGCAGCUAAAGGCAAACUGAAGCCUCCCAACUCAAAACCUUACCUGCGAGAUGACACCAUUAAACACAAAAGGCCAGAGGGAAGUUGUUCAAAAACCAGCAAUGCUGCCGAGGGAAAAGAGAACCAGGGCAGAGAGCCUCCAAGGUUGCAGUUGGCUGAGAAGCCGAAGCCCCAGUCCUCCGCUGGAGCCAGCAGACAGCCUCUCUCUUCUUCUGCAAACGUUCUCGCCGCUCGUGCCCCCGAGUGCCCCCGCUUGCCUGCUCCAGCUGGCGCGUGCGCUGCUGCCACCGCCCGAGCGAAACCACAGCCCCCCCGCGCUCUUCCAGGCCCAGCUGCAGCCCUCAGAGCCACUAAAGCCUGCAGCGUGGCAGGUCCAAUCAGAGCAGGCGCUCACACCGUGACAUCGUCCAGAAAUGGGCCCAAAGCAGCCACAACAGGGAGGACUGCCACAGAGUCCCGGAGUAGACCACGGCCCGUUCCAACUGCAGCGGCUUCUGGCAGAACUGUGCCUGCAGCAUCUGCUUUAGCUAAAACGGUCCCCGCGGCAACCGCCCAGGCGAGGACACGCCCCAGCGCCGCCGCCACCCGGCCCGGAUUGCACUCUGCCGGGCCGCGCCCCAGCGCCCUGUCGAAAGCAUGCGGUAACACGGCGGUUGCCGCCAGGACACUCCCCAGCGCCAGCGCCCCGUUCAAAACGCGUUCCCGCGAGAGCGCCCCGGCCAGUACGGGCCGCGUCACCGCCGCCCCGCCGAGAACGGGCCCCGCUGCGACCGCCUCGUCCAAACCGGGCCCCGGUAAGGCCCCUCCGGCCAGGGGCCCCCCCGCUGUGCGCGCGCCUGCCCCAAAAGCCAUUCCCGCCGAGGUCUCCUCCAAGAGGAGGUCCGCUCCGGGCCCCACGGGGCCCCAGACGCGCUGCGGGGCGCUCCAGCAGAGGGCUGCCGGGCCGGCGGGACGGGGCGGGCCUGUUUUGAGGAGCGCCGGGUCCAAACCCACGGAGCACGCUCAGUCUCUCCCCGCCAGGGCUGGGACUUCUCUGAGCAAACCCGGAGCCGAAUCCGCCAGAGCCUCGGCACGCCUGGCCCAGCGCCCCUCCCAGCUGCCAAGGCCCGGCCCGAAAGCAGCCGCCCCCCAGCGGGGUCGGGCGGGCGGCCGUAGCCUAGCGACCGCCGGCCGCGCGGGCGACGCCGGGGAGGGGCAGCGGGUCACGGCGCUGCAGAGGGCGGUGCGCCAGGCCAUGACCGAAAUGCGGCGGGGGCAGCGGCUGGCCGGGAGCGGGGGGCAGGGGGAGAAGAAAGGAGACAGCGGCGAUGUCGCUGCACCAAACGCGGCCCCCUCCACCGUGCCCCCCUCCACCGUGCCCCGCUCCGCCAGGCAGUCCUGCCAGCCCCUCCGGCCCGCGGACCUGAAGACUCCGCCGCGGACGGGGGGGGCGGGGCCUGACAUCAUUGGCACCGCCCCGCCCCGGGACAGGAAGAUGACGACAGCGCAGGAGGAGAGGAUGCAGAAGCUGCAGGAGUGGCGCAGAUCGAAGGGCAUUUCGUACAAACGGCCGCCCAUGCCUGUUCGCCCGCGCGCGAGGAAGAUGGCCGCCACCCCCCAGCACUACUGGACCGCCAUGGAGGAGGAGGAGGAGGCCCAGAGCCUGGUCUACAACAUCGACCGCUCGCUCACCGACUGCGUUAAGCUGCUCCAGGAGGGCUGCUGCUCAGAGCAGGUGCAGCAGGUGCUCUCUCGGGUGCCCAUGGCGCAGAAGUUCGCCAAGUACUGGAUCUGCCGCGCGCGCCUGAUGGAGCGGGAGGGGGAGCUGGAGGUGCUCCCGCUGUUCGAGGAGGCCGUGCGCGUGGUGAUGGAGCCAGUGGACGAGCUGCGGGUCGUGGUGUUUGAGAUUCUAAAGAAGAAGGAAGAAAUGUCGGCUGAGGGAGUCGGAGGGUCUCCAAGUGCGUCCGAGGGUGAAGGAAAGAAGGGCGAUGAGGAGGAAGAGGAUGAUGAGGAGGAAGAGGCCCAGCAGCCCGCUGCCGUCGACCCCAUGACCCCCAGGGCCACGAGCGCUCUGAUCUGUGGGGCGAAGGGCGGCUCGUCUGUGGUGAAGUACAAGAUCACGGCUACGCCCGGGGGCCGGAGGAGCCAAUCGCAGGAGCCCGUGACGCUUGACGGACAGGAGCUGCGCUUCUUCACCCCGGUGCGCCGCUCGGUGCGGAUCGAGCGGUCGGCCCCCCGCUACCCCGCCGCUCUCCGGGAGCACGACCCCUGCGUGGCCUCCUUCCGGGACCUGCUGGCCGAGGAGGAGGAGGAGGGCCGAGGGGAGGAAGAGCGCGGCUCCCCGCUCUACGUCUACAGGGAGAACGAGGCGCUGAGGGACCAGGUCCAAAUCCACCUGCAGUACACCUCCGGGCCUGGGGUGUGAGGGCUGGGCGGGGCUUAGACACACACUUUUACUAUUGGUCAAGUAUGAACCAAUUAAAGGGUCUGUCACUCCUAAGCCACUCGGCUGCCUUCGUCAGUGGAAGCCCAGCCUGAAGGCCCGUGGCUGGUCAUACAAGAUAAGCAGGUCAAAAUAUACAGUUGGACAGUUACAUUUGGUUAAUAUACGGUAUUAUAAGCCGGAUACCGUUUUUAAACUUAGCUAGGCGCCAUUUUCCACAUCCUGUCCUAACAGCAUGCCUAAGUGGUUUGGGGUGGAAGUGCUUUGCGGAUGUUGGAAGUGCAGUUAAAGUGCAUUAACGCCGCUAUCUUACCCUAUCCAGAGCAUGAGUGCCACCCUGCUGCUUUGAAUUCAUGGAGCGAUAAGCCAGCAAUGUGUAAAAUACCACAGUGUCCUGCUUCUUUUUUAUGUUUUAAAUGUAAAUAUGCUGUAUGUAAUUUUUUAAAAAUGUAUUUAAGCGUGUUAUUAUGGAUGUCUUAUUCGAACUGUUUUAAAUGUGUCAUUUGCCUUUGAUGAUUGUAUUAUUGGAGAUGAAUUAAAACUGGUUUGUGCAA